UCUUUCCCGCGCUGAUAGCUGCCACUUGGGCUGGAGUGAAAGGCCAUUUUAGCAAUACCAUUGAUGACAUUCUUGUUCCCCAAGGGUGUCCAUGGCAGAAAAGGGAUUACUACGACUAUAUAUUCAUCAGCCCAGUAAUUCUUGUUCUAUUGGUGAACAUCGUAUUCCUCACAAAAAUUAUGUGGGUUCUUAUUACUAAGCUAAGAGCUACAAAUACUGUUGAAUCUGAGCAAUACAGAAAAGCAGCCAAAGCUUUGUUAGUUCUUAUCCCGCUUCUGGGUGUAACGUACAUAUUGGUCAUAGCUACGCCCAGCCACAGGACUGGUGAAGUUGUGUUUACUUUCAUUCAAGCCACGCUUCUGUCAAUUCAGGGUUUCAUAGUGGCAGUGUUGUAUUGCUUUCUUAAUGGCGAGGUUCAGAAUUCCGUCAGGCAUCGAUUGGAGAGAUGGAAAAUUCGUAGAGCAAUCAAUAGAGGGCAGCACCAUUCUCUCAACUGCCCUUCAUCAAUGCAUUGCGAAAAGUUUUACAGAAAUCGAAGUAUCCGAGAUAGUAGUAUUAGUUUCGCGACUUCUACAUCCUUCGUGAACUUCCAAGCAGCUUCAGGUCGAUCACCAUCCGUUCCGACCGUAAACCGUUUCGAUAACUAUCUGCUACCACCAGAGACAUUGCCCGUAAAAGACGAAGGAGUUUGAGAUGGAUAAAAUCGUAUUAUUACGUGUCAUUUUUCAAUCACAUUCCACUGCUUUUGUCUCUGAAAUUUAAAAAUAAUUUUUAAUCGUUAUGUUGCAUACCAGGCAACAGUUUUAAAAUGACUUCACUGUUAUCAAAAAUUUUUGUAAUUAUAGAGUAGUGUGUAUAAUCAAGUUUUGUGCAAUUGAAAAAGUCAAAUAAAAAUUAUGAAUAAUAUUUACCUAUAUGUACAUAAUGUAUAUACAAGGGUGUAUCAAAAAGUUCUUGUAUUAGCUCUUGACCGAAAUUAUAUGGUUUAUCUAAAUUUGAGCUUCAUCAUUUUUAAAAUAGUUGACUUGCGCAGCAAUGCAGCACUUCCGAUAUUCUUGCUGCUGUUGGACUGUGAGCUGGAAGUCAUUUUGCUUUGAUGCUUUAAUUCUUUAGUGUUUUAAUUCUGGUAUGCAGUGUUAGUAUAUCCUGCUCUUAGAAGAGGUUCACAGAAUCUUUUAAAGGACCUCACGCUUGAAAGUUCUUUCACAGCUGUAUCCAUGUAGAUUAGAGCGAAUGGUAUAGCAAACGAGGCAUUUUGCUUGUUUCUGUAUUCUCACUGGCGGAAGAAAGUGCUAAAAAUAACCGGCGAACACAAAUUUUGCAAUCUAACUAUUACUGUGUUACAUUGCGGUCACAUGACCAUUAAUAAAUUUUACAAAUACAGUUUCAAUACUAAAUUUCAAUAAUCUAUAUACAGAAUAUGCGGAUGUGCCAUAUCAAAAUAAUGCACAAAAUGCAUAUGCUUUCACUAAUGCAAUUAAAAAGCUGUAGAUUGGGAAAAUAAACAAUGUAAAAGUGAUGAGGGGCUAAGCAAAGUCGGAAUAUGGCAAUGGAAGAGUUAUCCAUUCCGGUGUAAUCAAACAGUCACAUGAAAGUCCUCCGUGGCUGAUGCAUAAUUCUCAGUCACUACAAUGCAAUAUCAUGGUCUGGGGAAAUGAGAUUCAGAGCGAGAGCGCGAUUCUCCACGAUUUGCGCGCUAGAUGUCGUUCCCGGUGGUGAUCUUAACCAUCAAGGAUGGAUUAUCCGCAGCAAAGUCGCGGAGAUCGUGAUACUUUGUAACUCGUUGUUCUUUCUGCUUAGGGCUCAGCAGUCAAAAGAUAAACUUGUCAGCGACAUGCCUUAUGUUCAGUCCUGAUAAUUGCGCUGAUCCAUACAACAUAUGAACAUAUUUUUUCAAUUUCGUUGAUUUUCCUCUGAUGAUUAGCAAUCUCAAGUUCUGGAAUUCAUUUAACGUUUUCGGGGUAUUUAACGUAGUCUUCCACAUCACUCCUCCGUCUUCAAGGAUGUAUUUUUCGUCUUGGAAGCGCCUUUGCCACUUGAAAUGUUGCGUCAUCAUUCUAAGCUUGCCCGAUCCAUGUUCAAUGUUUGUGUGGCCGAUUUGCCCAGUUUAAAGCAAAAUUUCACCUCAGCUCGUUGUCUUUCUGCGCCAUAUAUAAUCGCAGACUGCCAUAUAUGAUCAGAAAAACGCUAUUGUUAAAACUACCGAUCUUAGCACAGCGAUGUCUCAUUACACUACCUUAUGAAAGUCCUUAUAGCUGCGAGCGGAACUUCAUACUGCUAUUUGCUAGUACGCAAAGAGCUAAUCCGGAAACGUUUUGUUCAUCUCUUGUAAAUUUUGAAUACUGAAAAUGGAAGAGAAAUAUUGAUAAAACUUCUGCUGCAUUUACCGAGUGUGACAAAUAUUUUACUUUCAGUAUGCUGCAGAUUUGAAACUAUUGUAUAUCCAAUUAUAUAAAAUCUGUGUUUCGUGUCCACCUUAGGUUUUGUUUAGUUCUGAUGAGUUUUAUGUGCUUAUUGUUAUUUAUAAAGUAUAGUUUGUUGGUGUCAAAAAAUUUAUGUGCUGAUGCAACUGUCAAUUGGAAUUUGAUGUAAAACAUUAAAAUUACUCUCUUUGAAUUCGUAUAUACAAUAGCCAGUCUGUCAUUCAUUUAAUGGCUUUUUUGUAAAACAUUUUAAGAUAACAAAAGCAUUUGAGAAA